AUGGGAAAUACACUAUCCACAUCAUCUGAUGUACUUAAUUCAUUAGACCUUACUGAUACUUGUGGUCUUGACGAAGUAGAAAAUAUUGGAAAUGAUUUACUUACUCAUUCAGUUCGUGCAAGAGACACUCGUUCACGAAGGGUGUUAGUUACAAAAUUGUAUUCGGUUCAACCAUCAGAUGGAGAUAAAAUAAAUGAACUUCUUCAACGAUUACAUACUGUUAAUAAAUCAAUUGUAAAUAUCACUGGAUUACUUGGUUUUGUAACAAAAAAAGCUGGUAAAAAUGGAAGUAUUAUUAUUUACCAACGUCAAUAUCUUCCAUAUAAUUUAGCUGAUCGUGUACGUACAGCACCAUUUUUUACAUUACAAGAAAAAGUAUUUAUUGCUUAUCAACUUAUAAAUGCAGUUAAUUCAUUACAUUCCUUACAUAUUGUUCAUGGUGAUAUUAAACCUGAAAAUAUUUUACUUACAUCUUCAAAUACUCCAUAUCUUUCUGAUUUUGCACCUUAUAAACCAUUUUAUAUUCCUGAUGAUAAUCCUUAUGAUUUAAAUUUCUUUUUUAAUCGUUCUACAUGUAUUGCUCCUGAACGUUUUCAACCAAAUCUUAAAGUUGAUAAAAUGUUUACUGAAACUACACCAUCUGCUGAUAUAUUUUCAUUAGGAUGUGUAUUAGCUUAUUUAUUCCUUGAAAAUUCAUUGUUUGAUGUGAGUAAUAUUCUUGAUUAUAAAAAUGGUAAAUUUUCAAUAACUAAUACUCUUUCUGCUAUUCAAGUUGAUUUUAUUCGUGAAUUAAUUCUUUUAAUGGUUGAUGCUACUCCUGAAAAACGUCCUACAGCUCAACAAUGUUUUGAAAUAUGUGAAAAGAAUGUCCCAUCUUAUUUUUCUUCAUUACUUCAAUUAUCAUAUCUUUCACAACAAAAUUCAGCAGAAUUUGUUCUUCCAGAUAUUAUUUCUUUCAUUCGUGAACAAUUAAAGAUAGAAAAACCAAAUGUUCCAAGAAAAAUAAUUGAAAAAGAAAUUCAAAGUAUUCCUGAUGAAGCUACUUUAUCUCAUUCUUCUCAACUUGCUGUUGAAUUAGAUAAAUUAACUAAUCAAACAGAAGAAUUACAUAAACAUCUUGAAGUAUUAUUAAGUGGACAAUGGAGUGAUUUAAAAGCAAGGUCUGAUGCUUUAAAUUCAAUGAGAAAAUUAACAGAACAAAUAACAGUUUCUGAUGAAAAAGAAAAUGUUGUAAAUGAAGUUGAAGAAACUAAGAAAUAUUUUAAUAAACAAGAAGAACCAUUUAUAAGUACUAGCAUUAUUCUUUAUAUAUUAUUUAGUAUUAGAAGAACACGUGAAAAUAUUUUAGAAAAAAUACUUUCAAUUGUUGAUAUUUUAAUUCAUUAUUCUGAUGAUGAAGCAUUAUAUAUGAUCAUUACCCCUGGACUAGUAGAUUUAAUUAUUGGUACUUCAAGUAAUCCAAUUAAAUCUCAUAGUUUAAAGUCAUUAAUUUUAGCUUUAAAAUAUAUGAAAACACUUCCUCCAUCAGCACAUUUAUUAUUCCCAAAUUAUAUUUGUCCAGCUAUUGAACAAACUAUUGUUAAUCAACAAAAUAUGUCAUUCACAAUUACUUACGCUUCAUAUUUUUCACAACUUUUAGAAUUAUCAAAAAAAUUAUCAUUAAAAGAAGAAGAUGGUUCAAUGAAAGCUUCUGAACAUGAAGUCUUAUGUAAGUUCUUUUUGGAAUCAUAUAAACAAAUGCUUUUAAAAAAGAAUUUCCACAUAACAAGAAAUUUAAUUAAAUCAUAUUCUGCUUUAACUUUGUUCUGUGGGUAUCAGAAAAGUUAUAAUGAAUUACUCCAAUAUAUUACUCAAUUCCAACAAUCAGACCCAAUAUUAAUUGUUUAUUUCUUAGAACAAAUUCCAUUAGUUGGUAAAGUAUAUGGAACUAAAGUGUUUGAAUUACAUUUCUAUCCAUUAUUACAACAAUACCUUUAUAGUACUCAUGAAUAUUUAGUUUAUCAGACUCUCCUUUCCAUUACUAGUUGUAUUUCACUCGAUAUUAUUUCAAGAAGUUAUAUUUAUAGUAUUAUUCCUUCUGUUUGUCCUUUAUUAGUUCAUCCUAAUAUUACAUUACGUCAAACAACAGCAUUAUUGCUUGAAGUUAUUGCUUCAAAGUUGAGUGAUGCCCAACGUCAUUGUUUCUUAUUACCUCAUGUCAAUAGUAUGUUAAGAAUUAAAUUAUUUAAUAUUACAGCUUCUCAUAUUAAUGCAUCACUUUUAAGUUCAAUUCCAAGAAAUGCAUUAAGAUCAUUUGAUCGAAAUGAUUUUUCAUCAACAAUGCACAUUGAAGAUAUAGUAACUAAAUUAGAAAAUACAGGAGUAACUAAUCCUGAUAAAUGUUUAAGUAAAUUAAUUCCUUAUUUAAUAGCAGUAAAAGAGCAUAUACCUCGAUUGAGUUUACAACACCAAACUUCAAUUAAUCGUUUAACUGAUGAAUUAAAAGUUCAUCAACAAUUACCAUUAUGGGGAGUAAAUCCAGAUGAUCCAAACCAUACUUAUAUUCCAAUGCAAAACCCAAAUACUCCAUGUCCACGUGAUAGUUCUCGUUAUCUCACAGUUAUUAAAGGUUCAGCUCCACCACGUUUACGUAGUAUUCCUGAUCUUGGAUUUGUUGAUUCUGAAAUUCCAUCACCAAAACAUGAAAUCAUUCAAGGGAUUUGUGUUGCUCAUCUCACAGAACAUCGUGCACCAAUUACUUCAAUUAGUGUUGGGUCAAAUGGAAUUUUCUUUGUAACAGGAGAUUCUACUGGUAUUAUUAAAGUAUGGGAUAUUCUUGGAGUAGAAUCACUUGAAGUUAUGAGAUCUAAAGUUACUUAUAAAGGUCCAAGUGGUGUAAGUUCAAUUGGAACUAUUGCAAAAAGUAAUGGUAUUGUAAUUGGAUAUAGAGAUGGUACUAUUGAAUUACAUAGAGUUUGUGUUCAAGGAAAAAAAUCAACUGUGAUGUCAAUGAAUUUAAUAAAAAGUAUAUCUCUUGGAUCAAAAAUUAUAUCUAUUCAAAAGAAUGCAGAUGCUAAAGCAGUUACCAUUGUUUGUGAAAAUGGUACAUUAGCAGUAUGGGAUAUUAGAGAUAAAACAGUAGGAAUUAGAAAAGAAAAUGAUGCACGUUUAGGGUAUGUUUCUGCAAUGGCUGUUGCACCAAGUGGAGAAUAUUGUAUUGUAGGUACUAAUAGAGGCUAUCUUGUUUGUUGGGAUUUAAGACAUACAAUUGCAAAUAUUGGAUGGAGAGUACCAACUCAUUCUGCUAUAACAGAAAUUGUAUUUAUUAAAGAAGAAAAUAUAGCAACUAAUACACGAGAUGGUGAUGUUUUUUGUUGGGAUAUUAAGAAUCAAAAUUUGAAGUCAUUACUUCAUUUUGAAGAUUUUGGAACAGAAAUACCUGAAUUAAGUAGUGUAAUUGAAAAAGUUGAAAGAAGUAGAUUUAAACCAUCAUUUAGUAUGGGACCAGAUGACUAUGGAGUACAACAACUAGAUAAUCUAUUACAAAAUCUUCAAAAAUGUAUUGCACAAAGUAAGAAUAAUAUUUAUUUACCAUAUUUAAUAAAUACAUCGUUAAUAGCAUUUGACCGAUUUAUUAUUUCAGGUGGAAGUGAUCAUAUUUUAAGAUUUUGGGAUGUUGAGGAUAGUCAAAAUAGUCUGUCAUAUGCUAUUGGUGAUUUUAAAAAACCACCAACAUUUGAAAUAUUAAAUGAAAAUAAUAUUACUUGUAUUAAAUGUUUCCCAGUUGAUAGAGAGAAAAGAGGAAUUGGAAUAAGUGAUAAUGAUCAUCAUUUAGAUGCAAUUACUGCUCUUUCAAUGUUACCUUCAGCUCAAUCAUAUUAUUUAUGUAGUGCUUCACGAGAUGGAAUAAUUAAAAUUUGGAAAUAA